ACGAGCGUAGUCGUGAUGUCAUUGGAUUUUAGGUGCCCCCUCAGGAUGCCUGAGUAGUUGCGCUCGCCGCCAAUGAGCGUCUCCAGUGUGAAUGUCCUUCAUUUCUCUGUCUGACUAGAGAACUUGCCAUCACGGAUCCGAAUCUGGAUUUAAAUAGGAAAGACAAGCACGUCUCCGGUUCGCCGCUGCCCCUCAAUCGAGUGACACUCUGGAGCGUCUGAACCAACUUUAACUGAGCGCGACAUGGAGUGCCGAGUUCUGUCGAUUCAGAGUCACGUCGUGAGAGGAUACGUGGGAAAUAAAUCCGCAUCCUUUCCAUUACAGGUCUUGGGGUUUGAGGUGGACUCGAUCAACUCUGUUCAGUUCUCCAACCACACAGGGUACUCUCACUGGAAGGGACAGGUCUUGACUGCAGAUGAGCUUCAAGUCCUGUAUGAAGGGAUCAAACUCAACAACGUCAACCACUACGACUAUGUACUUACAGGUUACAAUAGAGACAAAUCGUUUCUGGAGAUGGUGGUCGACAUUGUUCAAGAGCUGAAGAGAGCCAAUCCUAACCUUGUAUACGUUUGUGACCCUGUCUUGGGUGACCAUGGUUCAAUGUAUGUUCCUCAGAAUCUCCAUCCGGUGUACAAGAAUAAAGUGGUGCCUGUGGCCGAUAUCAUCACGCCCAACCAGUUUGAGGCCGAGUUGUUGACAGGGAAGAAUAUCAGCACGGAGAAAGAUGCUGUUGAGGUGAUGGACCUGCUGCAUAAGAUGGGUCCAGACACCGUGGUCAUCACCAGCUCUGAUCUGCCCGCUCGUCUCGGAGACAGAUUCCUGGUGUCUUUUGGCAGUCAGCGCAUUUUGAUGCCUGACGGUACAAGGAAGACCCAGCGGAUCCGAAUAGAGGUGCCGAAGGUGGAUGCGGUGUUUGUGGGGACCGGGGAUCUGUUUGCUGCUAUGCUGUUGGCCUGGACUCACCAUUACCCAACAGACCUGAAGACGGCUUGUGAGAAGACCUUCUCUGUUAUGCACCAUGUCAUUCGGAGGACUAUAUCUUAUGCCCAUGAGAUUGCAGGUCCUGGCAGAAGACCCAGCCCGGCCCAGCUGGAGUUACGGAUGAUCCAGAGUAAAGCUGACAUAGAGGAUCCAGCCGUAGUCAUGGAGGCCACUGUUAUAUAGAGCCACCACAUCUCAUCCACACAUCUCACCCUCCGCUCACAACUGCACAAUGUAUAGAUGUUGUACAUUUUGAUAUGUAAUGUGACAUUGCCUUAGAAUCUCAGCCAGAGCACAACAGUUCCAUUUCAAGAGAUUCAACAGGGUACAGCCAAACAAGUGAGAGGAAGAGAGCCAUUGCGCUCAGAGAGAGAGAGUAACCAAUAGGAGAGUGGGAGAGUUGAUCAGCCUCUCAUUUUCUCGAUUUUGUGCAUCUUCACCAUCUCUGUCUCUCUCUUUCUCUCAAAGCUGCUCAAGAACUCCGGUUCGUCCUGCACAUAAAGCCCCAGUCACUGACAUUUCCAGACCAGGUCAGUUAUGGAACUAAACUGCCAUUGAUCUUGUGAGGAACAAAAUGUAAAAACAAACAAAAAAAUUAAAUGAAUAUAGGUGUGAUGCUUUCUAUGCUCUAUGAUUUUGAGUCAGAGCAGUUCAGCAACAAACACAGAAAACAAAACCUAGAUGGCUGAGUCUCACAAAAACUGUCAAGAAAUGCCCGAGUCAUAUUUCGUCCUGAAUCAAAAGAUCAAAAUAAGAUUUUUAUUGCAUAAAGGAAAAAGAAGGAUAUUAUUAGGACCAUUAAGAUUUUGUGUAUUAGGGUAUUUUUUUAUUACUGUAUUCUUUUCCCCAGUUCUCUGUUGCUCUCUGCAAUGGGAAAAAUUAUCAACUUUAUAUCUUUUUUUUUAUUGUAUAUACAUUUAUAAAAGUAUAUUUAAUUUUAAUUAUAUAUUAGUGCUGUCAGAUCAAUUAAUUGCACAUAUACAAACUUUUAUUUUGGAUGCCCUAUUAUAUAUGUACAAACCCGAUUCCAA